CGGGCACACCGGCCGGCCCCUGCCAGUCUGCCACCGAUACUUGGCAAACGUGGCCGUUUCUGCUGCCUCCUCAGGUGUAUAAGUAGCAGAGGAACACAAUGCAAGCUAGGAGCGACUGCAAGGAACUAACUGGUCCGGGAGGUGCAGGCAGGAGAGGCGAGCUGACCGAUCGAUCACCAGGGGAUACCGUACCGUGGCGUGGUGGGGGAGAGAGAGAGCGAGAUGGCCGCGGCGGAGAUAGUCGUCGUCGCCGUCGUGACCUUGCUUCUCGGGCUAACGUCGUGCAUGGCAGAGAGUUCGGUAUGGAGGGAGGAGGACCGGCGCGUCCGAGGAGAGGUGACGUACGAGCAGAGGGCCCUGGUGCUGGACGGCGCCAGGAGGAUGCUGUUCGCCGGGGAGAUGCACUACCCAAGGAGCACGCCGGAGAUGUGGCCAAAACUCAUUGCUAAAGCAAAGGAGGGCGGGCUUGACGUGAUACAGACCUACGUAUUCUGGAACGUUCAUGAGCCUAUCCAGGGCCAGUACAACUUCGAGGGAAGAUAUGAUCUUGUCAGGUUCAUCAAGGAAAUUCAAGCUCAGGGUCUCUACGUAAGCCUCAGGAUCGGUCCCUUCAUAGAGUCUGAAUGGAAAUAUGGAGGAUUUCCAUUUUGGCUACAUGAUGUCCCAAACAUUACCUUCCGAAGUGAUAACGAACCCUUUAAGCAACACAUGCAAAGAUUUGUUACAGAUAUAGUAAAUAUGAUGAAACAUGAAGGACUUUACUACCCACAAGGAGGUCCCAUUAUAACUUCUCAGAUUGAGAACGAAUACCAAAUGGUUGAGCCUGCAUUUGGCUCAAGUGGGCAACGUUACGUCAGUUGGGCAGCUGCAAUGGCUGUAGACCUUCAAACAGGUGUUCCCUGGACGAUGUGCAAGCAAAACGAUGCUCCAGAUCCAGUUAUCAAUACGUGCAACGGGCUUAUUUGUGGAGAAACGUUUGUUGGACCAAACUCAGCUAACAAGCCUGCAUUAUGGACUGAAAAUUGGACCUCGCGCUAUCUUAUAUACGGCAACGAUACAAAAUUGAGGUCUCCACAAGAUAUCACCUUUGCAGUUGCAUUAUUUAUAGCAAGGAAAAAUGGAAGCUAUGUGAGCUACUACAUGUAUCACGGAGGAACAAACUUUGGGAGGUUUGCUUCUUCAUAUGUAACAACAAGCUACUACGAUGGAGCUCCUCUUGAUGAAUAUGGUUUGAUAUGGCAACCAACAUGGGGUCAUCUCAGAGAACUGCAUGCUGCAGUAAAACAGUCAUCAGAACCACUACUAUUUGGGACAUACUCCAAUCUUUCUAUAGGUCAAGAACAAGAGGCACAUAUCUUCGAAACAGAAACUCAAUGUGUGGCUUUCCUAGUCAACUUUGAUCAGCAUCAUAUAUCAGAAGUAGUAUUUCGUAAUAUAUCACUGGAACUGGCCCCAAAAUCAAUCAGCAUUCUCUUAGAUUGUAAGCAGGUAGUUUUUGAAACAGCUAAGGUAAAUGCUCAGCAUGGAUCAAGAACAGCUGAAGAAGUGCAGUCUUUUAGUGACAUUAGUACUUGGAAGGCAUUCAAGGAACCAAUUCCUCAAGAUGUGAGUAAAUCUGCAUACAGUGGAAACCGACUCUUUGAACAUCUAUCAACUACUAAAGAUGCUACCGAUUAUCUAUGGUACAUUGUUGGCUAUGAAUAUACACCGAGUGAUGAUGGCCAACUUGUGUUGAUUAAUGUUGAGUCACGAGCACAUAUAUUGCAUGCCUUUGUCAACAAUGCAUAUGUGGGUAGAAUACAUGGAAGCCAUGGUGGACCUGCCAAUAUAAUUUUCAGCACAAAUAUUUCUCUACAGGAAGGACCAAACACCAUAUCAUUGCUAAGUGCUAUGGUUGGAUCACCGGAUUCGGGUGCUCAUAUGGAAAGGAGAGUAUUUGGAAUUAGGAAAGUGAGCAUACAACAGGGACAAGAGCCAGAAAAUCUGCUCAACAAUGAGCUAUGGGGGUACCAAGUUGGCUUAUUCGGGGAAAGGAAUAACAUCUACACACAAGAUUCAAAAAUUACUGAAUGGACAACUAUCGACAAUUUGACAUAUAGCCCACUUACUUGGUACAAGACUACAUUUUCCACACCAGUGGGAAAUGACGCAGUGACACUGAACCUUACUGGUAUGGGUAAGGGUGAAGUAUGGGUCAAUGGAGAGAGUAUCGGACGAUAUUGGGUCUCUUUCAAGGCUCCUAGUGGCAAUCCUUCGCAAUCACUGUAUCACAUACCACGAGAAUUUCUAAACCCUCAAGACAAUACCCUAGUCCUUUUUGAGGAAAUGGGAGGCAACCCACAGCUAAUAACAGUGAACACAAUGUCGGUAUCAAGAGUGUGUGGCAAUGUGAAUGAGCUCUCAGCUCCAUCACUUCAAUAUAAGGAUAAGGAACCAGCAGUAGAUCUCUGGUGUCCAGAAGGCAAACAUAUAUCAGCAAUUGAGUUUGCAAGCUACGGAGGUCCUACGGGUGACUGCAAAAAAUUUGGUUUCGGAAGAUGCCAUGCAGGAUCAUCAGAAUCUGUUGUAAAACAGGCUUGCUUGGGUAAAAGUGGAUGCUCUGUUCCCGUAACACCUAUCAAAUUUGGAGGCGAUCCAUGUCCUGGAAUCCAAAAAUCUCUUCUAGUUGUGGCGAACUACAGCUUUGGAGAAAGUUUGGCAAGGGGAUUCUUCUAGGCUUUACCUCCUCAACUCUGCCUAUGUAUGUGACCUUGCUGCCCAAAAAAGUGAAGCUCUGGAAGUUAAAGAUUAUUGGCCAAUAAGCUUAAUUCACAGUUUUGCUAAAAUUGUCACUAAGAUUUUGGCCAACAUGCUCACACCAAAGCUCCCUGAUUUGGUAUCUCUAAAUCAAAGUGCUUUCGUGAAGGGAAGAAGUAUCCAUGGUAAUUUUGUUAUGAUGCAGCAUAUCGCUAAAGUUAUCUGUUGGGGGCCUUCCUCCUCCGAAGUUCCUCAAAAAUGUGACUAAUAUGUUUUUCAGUGUAAUAUGGACUGUUACAGGGGGCUUCGGCCUUGAUAUGAAGAUAUGUGUGAUAUGAAGAUACGACCUAAGGCAGGAUGAGUGGACGCCGAAGCUGUGGCUAAAAGAGCUUCGGCUUAGUAUAAUGACGAAGAUAGAAGAUGGAACCGACUUAAAUGAGAAAAGACUGCUUAGUCCUUGAUAGCUUGCCUUAUGAGUAGCAGUAAAUGUCAGGGACAUGAAUGUAAUUUUGUCCAGGCUGCGUCCUGCGCCUAUAAAUAGAUGAACAGUAGCACCGUACUGUUCACGCUGGUCUAUAAUCACUCUUGCGUCACUCUCGCAUUUUUACCUUCCGACAAGCCGAAGGUACUAAUGUAAUAUAUAUACUAUGAAUAUUUUUUCA